AUGGCUUGCUCGCAUGUAAAAAACAAUUCUGACGGUGCAAGUUGCUCCGAGUGUGGCUCUUGCUCACAUGAGGUUAUUUUUGGUGGUUUAUGUGCUCUUUGUGGAGCUGUCGUUGAUCAAGAUCAAGACAGUAACGCCACGAGCAAUCAUAUUGACAUGACUCAUGAUGCGAGUGGUAUCACAGUGAGCAAAAAGGAAGCUGAACGCAUUCAGAAGGAAGACGAAGCGAGACUACUCAAAGCACGCAAGCUCUCUCUCAUUGUUGAUUUGGAUCAAACCAUCUUACAUGCUGCUUGGGAACCUCAUAUUGCUGAAUGGGUCGAUAAUCACAAGGAGAAACGAGACAGUCGAGCAAAGGAUAUGAGCACAUUUACACUAGACGGCAGCAAAUACACCAUCAAAUUACGACCUGGCACAAUUCAAUUCCUUAAAGAUAUGUCAAAGCUCUACGAAAUGCAUGUGUACACAAUGGGCACUCGUGCUUAUGCUAAAGCUGUUGCCGCAGUGAUUGACCCCACGAUGGAGUUAUUCCAAGACCGUAUCCUCACUCGUGAUGAGAAUGGCAGUUUGACAAAAAAGCGCUUGGACCGAUUAUUUCCUGCGGAUCAAAGCAAAGUGGUUGUUCUGGAUGAUCGAGCUGACGUUUGGGACUAUUCGCCCAAUCUCAUUCAGAUCAAGCCCUACGAAUAUUUCGCUGGUGUAGGCGACAUCAAUGCACCACCCAACGCUCAAUCCACUAACGUGAUACCCCCAGGAAUACUCAAGGAUGAUGUAAAUACUACAGCAGAUGUAAAUAGCAUUGAACAAGGCACUGUCAGUGAAACAGAUAGAACUGUAAAUAGUAAGGAUCAAGUCAAAUCAAGCGAGUCUAGUAGCCCUGUACAUAGCGAGAGCAAUAAGGCAAAGAACCAGGACGAUUUGGAUUCGAAAUCAAGUUCAGGCUCAAGUUCUGAAGAAUCAGAUGACGAAGACGAUGCCAAGAGCAAUGCUGGAUAUAGCGAUGAAUCAACUCGAGACAACAAUAAUGCUUUAGCAGGUUCGCAUCAGCAGAAUGGAGAUCAACAGAAGGGCAAAUUACCAAGUCAACUCGAUUCGCUUAGCCAGGACUCGCCCGAUGCAAACGACAAGAGUGAUGCGGAUACCAAUAACGUCAGCACAAGCACAGAUACUUUUAAAGAUGAACCUGACAAUCAGAUUGAAUCAAAAGACAAUUCUCGGCCUGCAGAGAAACCAUCACCUCAUGUCAAAGUCCCAACUCAGGAGAAGCCUGUCAAUAAUAUACUAGCUAGUUUCAACCCUAAACAUGAAGAUGCAGACAGAAUUUUGCAAGUGAUCGACAGGGCACUGACGAACGUGCAUGAUGAAUUCUAUCGUCGAGUGGAUGAAGGGGAGUCAGAACCCCAUGUUGCCGUUAUUUUACCUGAAAUCAAACGCAAUGUAUUGAAGGAUUGUACGCUUGUAUUCUCAGGUGUCAUUCCUCUCCACUACAGACCACAAGAUGCGACAAUUUGGAAAAUGGCUACUGCAUUUGGCGCCACUUGUCUUGAAGAGUUGACAGGCAAAGUUACUCACCUCGUUGCUGCUAAUGCUGGUACAUCCAAAGUCAAUACAGCUCGUAAAUAUCCACAUAUCAAGAUUGUGUCACCGCCAUGGUUAAUGAAUUCAAUCUGGAGCUUUAAGCGAGAAAACGAAGCGCCUUAUAUCAUACCUGUUGAAGAUGUGUCCUCGGAAGUGGAGAACCCAGAGGAGGCAUCACUGGAUUUUGAUGAGGAAGAGGUAGAGCUGGAUAUGGAUUGGUCUGAUUCCGAGAUUGAUGAAGCCUUGGCUGAUGAUACAGGUACAGAAGGCAACGGCACGCCUCUUCCUGCACACUCCCUUGAGCCCUCAAAUCUCGUUGAUGAGAUAACACCAACGGCUACUGAUGAUGACGACGAGGAGGACCAAGAAAUGAAUGAAGAUGACUGGCUGGGAGACGUACUGGAUGGCAUGGAUGAUAGUGAAGCAGAAGGAGAUUAUGGAGACGUGGAGAGCGUGGCGUCAGCUUCUUCCAUGUCCUCAUCUUCAUCCAAAAAGCAAAAGAGAGGAUUAGACGAUGCCGAACUAUACGAUCAAGAUCACUUACCUUCCUCAAAACGACUCAAAUAA